AUAUUUCUAUGAAUUUGAAAUAUUGUGGUGAACCAAAAUGCAAAUUUAUGUUUGUUUAUAUGCCAUUCAGAGAACAAGAAACUAGACUCAAUUUGCAUUUCUCAUCACUUGCAAGAUUGGGAAUAUUCUUGAAUAGAACAUUGGUAUUGAUGAAUGUUGGAAAUUCUGAAAUGAAUGCAUAUUCUGAUUUUCCAUUGGAGUUUUAUUAUGAUAUCAAACAACUAAAAAAAAAUAUUGCCAAGUUUACAAAUGAAAGAUGUUAUAAUUCAUUAAAUCUUGAACCAAUAGAUUAUAAAAAGAUUCAUGCAAACAGGAUCAGUUUAGCUUAUGCAAAACAUAUAAUUGAAACUAGCAGUAGAGUUGUUAACAGAUUAAAACCUUUUAUUGUCAUACAUUGGGAGUGA